UUUGUUGUAUUUUGAAAACAUGGGGGAUCUGCUCAGCAACUCGGAGUUUUUUAAAAAGCUGGGCGUGGACAGCUCGAACCAGUGGAUUCUCUACGAUGAGCAAAUGGAAAAGUUCUUCAAGUUCCUGUCAGGGAACAUCUCCGAUGCAAAUAUCCUCACGGAGCGACAGGUCCUGGAGCGGGAGGAGAUGCUCCGGCGGGGCGAGUGGCUACGUGAAUCGGAUCGGGAGCUGAAGCUGGCGCAGAUCGAGUCGGAGAGUCCGGGUCUCCUGAAUUACAAACAGCAAGAUGUCGACGACUUGAAUAUGGGGAUUGAGGCGACCGAGGAGGCGUCGAGGGAUUAUGCCACGCUUCUGGAGGACAUGUUAAACACAAAGCACUCGAUAAACAACCACCUUAACGAGGUAGAAUGCGCUAUUUCUGAGCUGCAAAUCAAGGAGAAGGAUCUGAUAAGCGAGUGCCAGUCCAAGGCCAGGCAACUGGAAGAACUGCAGCGGGAGAACUGCCGACUGAGCGGCGAGGCCAAGAAGGCCUUCACAACGCAGCAGAUGCCGCCGCUCUUUAUGCACCAACUUCCUCUGGAACAGUAUUUCCACAAGUGCGACUCUUUCAUGCAAUAUUUUACCCUAUAUGUGAAGGAGAACUUCAAGAUCCAAGACUACGAUGAGUUCCAAAACGCAGAGGCAGACCUUUUACGUGAGAAGAGCAAGCUAGACAAAUUGCAACUCGGCAUCCAGUAUUAUGCUCUAUCCUACAUCAAGACGAGGGCCAAAGCCAAGGCCACGCAGGCUCUGAUAGACCAGCUGGACCUCGGCCAGAUUCCCUGCCUUAGCUUGGGCGAUAUGGCACGAGAAAUGAAUGAACUGCAGCUGCUCAACGAUCAUCAGCUAAGCAACAUACACGAUACCCUCCUCAAUGAUCUUACCAUUCACAUUGAGCAACAUACUCAGCGACGUAUUGAGCUCGUUCUCUACGAGAACACCAAACUGAAGUUAGAGCGAGCUGUGCAACGUCACGAGAGCGAUAAGAAGCUGACCAAAAUUAUAUCGGAUGCCUUGUCUAAUGCGGAAUUGUUGUGGAUUGCGAUUCAGCUGGAUUGCGACAAGAAGCGCAACUGCCUGGACACUUCAGAGGAGCUGCGCAACCAAGCCCAGUCCACCUGCCAGAGGAUUCAGACUAUGCGCUCUAUUAAUGCCAGCCAUCAGGGUAUUUGUGCCCAGUUUGUCCAGGAGAUUGCCAAUCUGUUGUCAGCCCAUCUUGGGCAGAAUGUUAAGGCUACCGAGGCCAAGGCCUGUCUUUUUGAGUACGAAAAGUUCGGCCGUCUGCUUUCGUACUCUUUUCAGAGCAUGCUCAAUAGGAAGUCUUGUGUUACUGCCAGGGAUCAUCUGUCCGAAUUAAAGCGCCUGGGUCAGACAUUGCGUCCCUUUGUCUACGAUUCUCCCAUUGAGAAGCCUAUGUUUGAGAAUGUCCGGUAUUUAAGCGCCAUUUACAAUAUCACCCAGCAACAAAGUCGUCUUGACGAGGCCGUGCGAUCCCUGCGCACGGAUUUCCUGGAAAACGUCGCCGGGCGCAUUGAGAGGGAUAAACUGUGGCGUUAUAGCGUGCUCCUAUGGAUAUGGUUUCUCACUGAGCCGCAGCGCAUGAUAUAUGCAAUCGAUGAGGUGAAAAAGGCAGCUGCCGGUGUCAUCCGCCCUGGAGGCGGUCUGCAGCGCAAAUGAAUUUAGUUGAUAGGGAAUUUGGUUGUAAAUAAAUUUUAAAUUAUUGCAAAAUGUA